AAAACACUGCAAACAUACAGUGAGAGAUAGUGACAGGUUAGUGAGUGAGAGAAAGAGAAAAACAGAGGCAAAGACACAAUAGCCUCCUCCUUCUCAGUGGAAAAAACCAAAUCAAAGGGUUGAAGUGUUUGUUGUUGGAGGAAUUUGCUCUAAAAAAGAAGAGGAACAGUAGAUUUAUGUCUUCUCAGUUUAUUCUGGAAUCAGUUAUUGGGGCUCUGUUGAAGAACCUCUGGAUUUUCUCUGUUUCUUAUCUUCUGCUCACUCUUUCUGUGUUCUGUUCUUCUCUCUAUAUGCUCUUUGUCAAUAAGAGCAAAUUUUUUGUGAUUCCAUCUGUUUCAAUGCGAUUGAGGCCUAAAAGGACUUGUUACCGAGUUGUGUGUUUUGGAGGCUUUCAUAUACAGAAAUUUUCUAAUCUUUUUUUGUUCUUAAGAGUGGAUCUCACUUGAGAGAAAGAGAGAUAUUUUGUCACCAAUUUUGUCUUUCAUUCAUUUUCUUUAAUCAUUUCAUUUCCAUUUUCUAAAAAUUUUUGUGGGGAUUCUGAAAGGGUUUUUUGAAGGGUUUUACCCAAACAAUUUUUUAUUGUUUUGAUUCAACAUGUCGGGUUCUAGAAAAUCUAGAGCUAGACAAAGGCCUAACCCUUUGAAAGAAUCCAAAUUGAUGACAAGGAAAUUGCAGCUUGUUUUUGAUGAUCCUGAUGCCACUGAUGUAUCUGAAGACGAGUCACAACAAUCACGAACAACAACUAAAAGAAGCUUCUUCGAGGUCACUCUCCCUCCUCGUGCACCCGCAGCAUUAUCUUUGACUUCUCAGAACAGCUUCUAUGUGAAGCCAAAGACUGUAACAAGGAGAAAGACAUGUCUUUCAGUACAACCUCAGACCAACAAGAAGGUUGUUCAAACAUCAACUUCUCCAACCACAGGGAGACGAUCUUGUGCCAAAUACCGCGGUGUUCGUAUGAGGCCAUGGGGCAAAUGGGCUGCUGAGAUUCGUGAUCCUUUCAGAAAUGUUAGAAUCUGGUUGGGAACUUACAACAGUGCUGAAGAAGCUUCUCAAGCUUAUGAAUCCAAAAGGCUUCAUUUUGAGCUUAAAUUUCAGGCAAUGGAGGCAAUCAAAAAGGGCUCCGCUUCUGCAGCAGCCCCUCGACUUGCUGCAUUGAACAAAAACUCUUAUGCAGAUGUUGAUGCUGCUAAUGCUUCUGUGUCGGAGAAAUUCUCAACUACUGAAGACUCUGACAGUUUGUUCUCACACACAUCGCCUUCUUCCGUGCUUGAGUUAGAUACCUUAGCAUCCAGUUUGAUUGAGAAGUUUGAUGUUCCAUCAAACACUGAAGUUGUUGCUGUCUAUGAACCGAGUGACAUGGUGGUUUGUCAACUUGAAGAGCUAGAUAUUCCGGAUAUGAGUGUUUUAAACUUGCCUGAGCCAACUGCUGCUGAGAUUCCAAUUGGGACUGAUCCCAAUCUUUGUUCUGGAUUUGAUUUUGAUCGGUUUAACAUUGACGAUUUUGGACCGGAUUUUGAUGAAUUUGGUGAUUUCGAUGACUUAGGUGACUUCAAGGAUAUUCAAAUACAUGGUUUUGAUGACAAUGAACCUAGCGAGCUUCCUGAUUUUGAUUUUGGCGAUAUUGGUGUUGAUGAUGAUGAAUUUGCUGGUUGGAUUGAGGAACCCCUCCAACACAACAUACCUUGUGUCUAAGUUUUGUAGUCUCUUAGGAGUGAGACUAGGAAGUAGUAGUGCUAUGAUGUUAUAGAUGAUUUUAUUAAUGCUUAUGUAGUUUUGCGAGACAAUAUGAGGAUAUUCAAUAUCCGUUUUUGGUUGAGAGUGAUUCUAUUGAGUUUAUUAUUUUAUAUUUUGUUUAUCGAGGAGUUGUAAUAUUUAGUUGAAUGUCACACAGAUCUUUUGGUUUUCUUGUGCUGUUAGAGCCGUCCGAAGGGUUCUUCAACUUUACUAUAUUGCUCCGAGUAUUGUAAUUUGAAAGUUCUAUUACCGUGUAUGAAUGAACCUUCAAAUAUUUUGGAUA